UUUUAUAUCUUUCGCUGUGGACUGGCACGCCAGUCGACCAAUCGCUCGCACUUAACUCCUUCCCAAGUCGGACUCACCCCACUUAACUAAUCCACGGCGCAAACAAGUUAUCCCGCCGGCCGCGGCCGGCUCCGUUCCCCUCCAAAUAAAUAACAAAGUCUUCUCCCUCCAAACCAAAGUAUAUUUCCAAAUCCAACCCAUGGCCUCGCCAUCCCCUCCCCAACCCCCAUCUCCCUCUUCCGAAAACAAACUCGACUACUACUACUUCGUCAUCGGCCUCGCCCUCGUCGCCAUCGUUCUCCUCGUCACCAACGCCAUCGCCGUCGGUUGCUGCACCUGGUUUCGCCGCUUGCUCUCGUCGCGGGGCGGCCGCAACGACGUCGAAACGCGGCAGUGGAUUCCGGCGUUCAAGUACCGGAAGAAGGAGCGAGGGAUUGGCGGGGAGGAAGGGGAGGCCGCGCACGAGUGUGCGGUUUGUCUGUCGGCUUUCGAUGAGGGGGAAGAGGUCCGGCAGUUGCCGCCGUGCGGGCACUCUUUUCAUGCGGAUUGUAUUGAUAUGUGGCUCAGCUCGCAUAGUAGCUGUCCGGUGUGUAGGGGAAGCGUUUUGCCGACGCCGUCGCAUUCGGUGGAUAUGUCGUCUCAGUUUCACUCUCAGGUAAAUCUCCUUCCGCUGGGAGAAGGUCGGAGUGGAGAUGAUGGGGUCAGGGGAUCAUCGGCGUGAUUGGUUAUUAAAUAAAUAUAUAUUUUUUUAGAUAGGUUUGACCUUUGGAAGCCUUGGGAGGGAGCAGGGGUCAAGGGGAAGUAAUUUAUGUGCAUAUGAUUAGAGUGGAUGAAUUCAAGAAAAUAUUAUAUUAGGUUUGGUUAAUCGGAUGUGUGGGUAAUGGGAUGAAUCACACCUCAUUAUGUGUGCAAUGAUGUGAUAUGAUUGUUGUUGUUGUCCAUCAAUAUGACACGAUUCACGUUGUUGUCUGCACAUUCAGAUACAUCCAGAUUACGGACAACAUUUUCUUGAUUUUAUAUGGAGUUUCAGUGCCGUGAAACGUGUACAUAUUGGAGGAAGGCAUAAUUUUUGAUCAAAUGCACCUUUGAGAGCAGCAAUAGUGUUUUUG